AUGGACAAGUCGGAAGAGGAGGCUCGGAUGGAUGCCGCCGGUCUGUCUCAGGAGGAGAAGGAACUGCGCAAGAAGGAGAAAAAGAAGGGCUUGUCUCGGGAACAGCAAGAGCGCCUGGCUGCUUACGAACUGGAGCGAAAGAAGGCUCGUGAGGAGCGGGUCAACACUCUGGCAACCAAGUUGGUCGACAAGCUCAGCGUUUGGACCGAAACCGACAAAGGUCCCGAUGUAACCCGUGCAUUUGAGGAGAAAAUUCGCCUUGAGGUGGAAAAUCUGAAGAUGGAAUCGUUCGGUCUGGAGAUUCUGCAUGCCAUCGGUGCUACCUACACAUCAAAAGCCACCUCGUUUAUCAAGUCUCAAAAGUUCCUCGGUAUCUCCGGUUUCUUCUCCCGGCUGAAGGACAAGGGCACUCUGGCCAAGGAGACCUGGACUACAAUAUCGACUGCUAUCGAUGCGCAGAUGACCAUGGAGGAGAUGGCCAAGCUGGAAGAGAAAGGCGGAGAGGACUGGACCGAUGAGAAGAAGGCGGAGUACGAGAAGAAGGUCACGGGCAAGAUUCUGGCGGCCGCAUGGCGAGGCAGCAAGUUUGAGAUUCAGAGCGUGCUGCGCGACGUUUGUGAUCAGGUCCUGGGUGACAAGCGCAUCAAAUUAGAGAAGCGUCUUGAGCGCGCGCACGCCUUGGUUAUUGCCGGCAAUAUCUAUUCAAAGGCAGAGCGCGAUCCCGAAGAAGAAGGAGACUACAUGGCCUUUGAGCAGCUCAUGGCUGAGGCCAUGUCGAAGAAGGGCAAGGACGAGAAGAAGAAGAGGAAGGAAAAGUCGAAGCAUGAGCAUCACCACCACGAAGAAGAAACCACCGCAUAG